AUGCUAGCGCCACCGCUAUUUCGUGAUGGACUGUUUGUGAUUGAAGAUCCGUUGCAGCCUGACAACAAUGUCGGCAAGACGUGUUAUCGCGUGAGUCAAGUGUUUCGCGACUUUUCUGACUUUUUGAGUUUUCUGACUGCAUUGAUCGUACGAGGGUCAGUCAUGACAACGGGCAAAAAGGAGACCAUGGACGCAUCUGGGGAUGAUAGCUGUUCUUCUUCGUCGAGCUCAAUACCAUCAACAGCACAUGAAUCAACACGUCGGAUUCUUAAGUCCGUGUUCGAGAUGAAGACGAGAGAAGAAUGCACUGGCUUGAAAAUAUCUUCAUCCUCCCGUGAUCAGACAAGCACUACUUAG